UCGCACACAACGUCGCAGAGAGCUUCAAUGCGUACCUGUCAAAAGGUUUCAGCCGAGAGGUUGUGUGGGUGAAAUGGACGACAUCGCCGACGAUGGUGUCAUGUGCGAACCACUGUCUAUGGUGUCAACACCAGGAAGCGACGUUGCUUUCUUGCAUGGAUCCACCACGCUUUAUUCCUUCUCCGAUCGGGGACCCAAAUAUCUCAGCUGGUUCAAGUCAAGAUGUGGCUGUGAUUGUUUUGGACGACUUUACCGGCGCCUCUUCCCACUUGGAUAUAAAAAUGAAUUCAAGAGUCUUAUUUCCAUAGCCUGGCCAAUUAUUGUGACCACCUUCUUUCAGCAGUUGCUGUUUCUGGUGACCUCCAUGUUUGUCGGCCAUCUUGGUCAGCUUGAGCUGGAUGCAGCAGCUCUUGGCCUGACAAUGACCAAUGUCACGGGGCUGUCUGUGGUAUCUGGACUGGCAUCAGCGUGUGAUACCCUCUUCCCCCAGACAUAUGGCAGUUCCAACAGAAGAAAUCUUGGCAUCGUGUUACAAAAAGCAAUUGUUAUUUUGUUGUUGCUGUGUAUUCCCUGCUGGGCCGUCUUCAUCAAUGUUGAGCACAUCCUGCUGGCCACGGGACAGGACCCAGUGGUGGCCAACAUGGCUGGACAGUUUGCACUGUGCUAUAUUCCAAUUCUCCCGGCAAAUGUGUUGUACUUCGUUUUAAGCAAGUAUCUCCAGGCUCAGAGUAUUGUGGUCCCAUCAUGUCUGAUCCUCAUUGCUGGGAACCUUCUCAAUGUUGCACUUCUGGCUCUAUUCCUGUUCUGGCUCAAGCUGGAGUUGCUAGGAGCAAGUUUGUCCAUUGGCCUUAGUUUCUGGACAGUGGUAUUUCUUCAUUUGGGGUACAUCAAAGCCAGCAAGAUCUAUGAGGACACUUGGUCUGGUUGGUCUGUACAGUGUCUGUCAGAGUGGAAGGUGUUCUUUAGUCUGACUCUUCCUGGACUCUUCAUGACAUGUCUGGAGUGGUGGAGCUUUGAGAUCUCUGUCAUUCUUUCAGGUCUGCUCGGUGGCGUCGAGCUGGCAACUCAUGCAAUACUGUUCCAGCUUGCCAUCCUCAUGUUCAUGAUUGCAGUUGGAAACGCUAUUGCUGCCAGUGUCCGUGUGGGCAACCAUCUUGGUGAGGGCAACCCUAUGGAAGCCAUGACAGCUGCCCAUGUUGCCAUCUCUCUCAUAUGGAUGAUAGCUCUGUUUGUGGCAAUGCUGCUGCUUUUAUUACGACAAGUCAUUCCCUUAGCAUUUACUAAUGAAAAAUCGAUUGUUGACCUGAUAACAAAAAUUUUACCAAUGAUUGCCCUGUUUCACCUGUUCGAUGCCACACAGGGUGUCUGCAGUGGCGUGUUGCGUGGCUUGGGCAAGCAGUUGUUUGGCGCCUCAAUGAACUUCAUCUCCUACUACAUUAUAGCCCUGCCAGUUGGUGCACUGCUCAUGUUUAAGACAUCAUUACAACUUGAAGGUAUGUGGUCUGCUCUUAUUCUGUCCGUGUUCCUCCAGUCCCUGGCCUUCCUUACCAUGAUUGGAAUGACAGACUGGACAAAACAGGCGAAAAUUGCUCAAAUCCGUGCUGGCUCUUCAGGCAUCGACCAAGAACAAACAGAUAAAGACAUAUCUCCUCUCCACCGGCCAAUGUCGAUGUCUGACACGGACCUCAUGGAAGCUGACCACAUCCAGCUGUCCACCUACAGCAGUCUCGAGAGUGUCCGCAGCGGUCAGUCCGACGAGCUGACCGACCUCCAGAAAACGCUACUGAAGCGGGGAGUGUUCUUGGUAUGCCUGCUCAUGGUUUUGGCGAUGGGCAUCAUCAUUGACCGCGUGCUGUCCCAUCUCAACAACCACACCAACUGUUUCCUUAUACUGGGAAAAGAUUUGAAUUUGACGCUUAUCUAUCGCGAUCUCCAUAGCAACCAGACGAUGCGGAACCUUACUCUGGACGAGGUGCAGUUCCUGAACACGACGUACUGGUUCGAGAGAGAGCAUCAUGGAAAUGCCACUUUUACGUAUUGUAAUGGGUUUAUUUCAGAAAGACCGGAUCCAUCGGCAAUGGUUUUAAAUAUGUCGUCUUAUUUGUUCAACUUUCACCCCAGGAUGCCCCAUAGGCCAGUGUUUUAGUUGGGCGAUGAAGCCAUGAACAUGUAUCAAGUUGUAUGUGUCUUUAAGUGGACAACAGCAGUAUUUUCCAAGAAUGACGAUAGAUUUCCUGUUUCUUUGAACUGUUAAAAAUGGAUGCAAAAUUACCUCUGAAACUUGUUU